UACCAAAGUACCCCUAGAUCGGAGACUCAAACCGUUCCGCACCCUAGUUGGAAAAACGACCAACCAAUUUCUUUUUGUUUUGGAUGAUGAUGGCAGUACGGGACAACACAAAUUAAACAUACUCCUAUCGCUACGGGGAUAGCUAAAAAUGGCCUCUAAUCCCUUACUUAUCCCUCCUAUCAACCCCUUUUUACACAACAAAGCCGCCAUUCUUGUCCACCAAUUCCCAAUUUCCUCGACAGGUCGGAGGCUUUCUCACAGGCGGCCGAUCGUCAGAGCGUCUAUCAGCCGCCGGCAGCUGAUAACCGCCGCCGCGGCGUUGAUUAUUGCAGCCUCGUCGUCUAAAGCUGUCGACAAGCUUCUCCCGACACGGGAGAGAGCGAAUCUUAGUACCAACAAAUCCAAGCAGGAGAGACCAAGAUUCUUCGACUUAGCGGCCAGAAAAAUGUGCUGGGCCAAGGCCGAAACCGUUCCCGGCCGAGAUCCCGGGAGGUGGAGAAAAGACGCCGCGGGAAACAUUGUCGGCAAGCGUUUUCACAGCUGCCUAGGUUGCCUCUGCUUCGAGUACGACCACGUUGUUCCCUUCUCCAAAGGCGGCGAGUCGGUGCCGGAAAAUUGUCAAAUUCUUCAGACCAAGGUCAAUAGGUUCAAAGCAGAUAAGGUUGCGGUUAACAAAAUGCAACUCAAAGGGUAUUCUUGCGGCAUCAAUUUCAGUGACAAAGAACUUGACACCAUUGAGAUUGCUGUUUAUGGAGACAUUAUGCGACCUGGGAACCGAUGUCGUGUCGCAACUAUUGAUGAAAUGCUUGGAAUAUACAAGUCUAAAAACAGAAUUGUUACUUGCAACUCUGGGAACUGAAGUACUAUGUGUAUGUUUGCAUUUAGUCAUUUAGAUACCACCAAAAUUAAAUAAACAAAAGAUCAUGUACAAGUACUAAAGUACUAUGUAUGUUGAAAUCUUGCAGUAGUUCUAGAAUGGAGAUAAAUGUUGAUGUUAGAAAUCUUGUCGAGUAAAUAUCAAUUUUGAUUUCA